UAUCUUUAAAUAUCGUGACUACAAAACUAGUAUCUUGAUAGGUCAAAUCCAAAUUGAUAAGGAAGCGAACAUAAAGAUUUAGUGCAAAAGAGCAAAAACAUCCUCCAAACAAGAUGAGGUCUUCAUUGUUUCUACUGUUUAUAUCAGCUUCAGUUUUAGUGACUGUCUUUUCUGAAAAAUGUAACCAUGGAGACUCCACCGGUUGUUCCAAUCAGUGUACCAAUGCUAACGAGGUAGUAGGAUGUGAGCAUGAUACAUGCACGUGUGUGCCAACGCCUCAAGCGUGUAUAUUGGGGGCAGACUGUGCAGGCCUAGGAACUUGUCCAAAACAUGACGAAUCUUACCACUGUGUGGAUGGUGCAUGCAAAUGUCAAAAACCAUGAUUGCAAUAGAAAACAUGUAUAAAUAUCUAACUUAUAGAAAGUCAUACAUAUAAAACAUUUAAAUAUGGA